AUGAAGAAGGUCUUCUACUACAACUACAUCCCAAACAAAGCAGAAGAAGAAGCAUGCAAAGUUAGCAACACCCCAUGGCAGGUGACUCGUGUGCUCGAAGAGAUAAGAGACAUAUACCCUCCACCAGUAAUCGAUUACCAGAACCCAUGGCAGAUCAAAAAGACCCUUACCCACUACGAAGCCGCGACUGGAAAGCUCGUCGUGUCGUUUGUCGACGCCUUUGAACAUGUCUUUAGGUAUUGGACGUUGUGCAUGGCUAACCAUGUGGUGUUAGGGCAUAAGGUGACGGUCAUCGUGUGGGAUGUCACUGAACAGAACAACCCAAAGAGGUAUCGUAACGACAGCGUAUUUUUCGAGAUGUUGCCGAAUGAUGACUAUAUUCUAGCGUGCAUGGAUGUGUUUAAAGAUCAAUGCUUGAAUGUUGAUGAUGAGAUUGGGGUGUUCUGGGAUCCCAGAGCUUCAACUUUUCAAUUCAAGUUGCUUUGUAGGGGUGGGAAGCCAGGUUGGUCCCAUGUCUCCAAUUAUGAUAUUAGCUCCAAUUACUAG